AAUGGUGUUUUCCCCCCUUCUUUUUGCGGAGAUUUAGGUAAUUCCAACCUGUCUGGACAUUUGGUACCUGAGCUUGUGAAGCUUGAGCAUUUGCAGUAUCUGGAGCUUUACAAAAACAACAUCCAAGGAACCAUCCCUGCUGAACUUGGAAACUUGAAGAGCCUCAUCAGUUUGGACCUAUAUAACAACAACAUUUCAGGGACCAUUCCUCGGUCACUUGGGAAACUGAAGCAUCUUGUAUUCUUGCGGCUUAAUGACAAGAAGUUAACUGGACCUAUCCCUAGGGAACUUGUUGGUGUUUCAAGCCUCAAAGUUGUUGAUGUCUCAAGCAAUGAUUUGUGUGGACCAAUUCCUACCAGUGGACCAUUUGAGCACAUUCCUCUAAACAACUUCGAGAAAAACCCUCGCCUAGAAGGUCCCGAGCUUCUGGGGCUCGCAAGUUACGACACAAACUGCUCGUCAAGUACAGGUUGAUGUUAUAAAGCUUGGAGUUGAAUAUGUACUGACAUGGUUUUAAGCAUAUUAUCACACCGUAUAAUGGGGGUUCCUUGAACGCUAGCCCUCGUACGUGUAAAUC